AUGGACGGCGCCGUAAGCGAGCUCGAGCCGGCCAAGGGUCUCCGGGUCCAUUUUGUGCCCACCCGAAAGUACCAGAGCGUCAAGGCCGGCUCGAAAGGCGGCUACACGGCCGUCUUUGGCAACGUCGAGUACAUGCACGACAAAGCGUACGUGCAGGCCAACGGCGAGGAGCGGUGGUAUUGGCGGUGUAUUCGCAAGUUCUGCAAGGCUCGCCUGGUCACAAGUACCGAAGGGGUGAUCCUGAGCUGCCGCAACGAGCACACGCACUGUGAGAUGGCCAAGAAACAGCCGGAACCAAUCAACGUGCCCGCCCAACCUCAAAACCACUUCGCCAACAACCCGGCGAUGAUGAUGAUGAUGGGCGACCACCCGGACCUGUUCCAACAGCACUUCAUGCCGCACUUCCCGAACUCGAUGCCCCCAUUCGACCAGUUCGACGUGAAGCCCGAGAUCAACCGGCUGGCCUUCCCGGUCGGGCACCAGGUUCAACCUCAGCAAGCCGGGCCAAGUGGGCACUCGCCGUCGACCAGCUACGAUAUGCCGCUGGCGGAUAUGCUACUCAACUACUGUGAUGCCGCCAAGCAACAGCCUGCCAAUGGGCAGCAAAAGUAUGGGCUGACGGAUCGGCUGCUCGGCAGCAUCAAGGACAUCCAGGGCACCAUCGCCUCCGCCAUCAAGUACGAGCCGCCCGAGGAGGAGGAGGGAGGCACCCUCAAGCUCUCCUCGCUCGCCACCAACGCCGACGACGAGGACGACGCCGAGAUGAAGAGCCUGGAGCGCGAGCAGCGACUCUCACUCCUCAACCAGAUGCAGAUGGACAAGGUCGAGCUGAAGAAGAAGCAGCUGGAGAAGGCGUUCAAGAGCGACUGCGAGACGUUCAAGAUCGUCACGCUGAAGCUGCUCGGCAAGGACGCCGACCUGGAGAAGCCCCUACGGAUUGCGCUUAUGGAGGUGAUGACCGACCUCGAGAAGCAGCUGCUCGAAAAGCUCGACGCGUUCAUCGCCACCGUC